AUGGAAAUCGCUGAUGAGACCGCCACCGACGAUCAUGAGGGGUCCAUUCCGCCGGGCCCGCCGAGCAAGGGAACGGACGAGCCGGCCGACGCUCAGAAGAUACAAGCUGACGAACCGGCUGGGCGUGGCGCAAGGGCCGCAAGCUGCGAGUCCGACGUCGUGAUCACCGGAUACACGCCCGCACCACUGACGCACGCCAGGAACGACUCCGACAUCGAGAUCACGGAUGACCGACCGGACAACAGGAGCACUUCGAGCGGCCGACGCGCUGAUGGUAAGGCCCUCCGGGCACCAGCCUUCCCUGAAUUUUCAGGGUAUAAGAAAAGCGCACCGGUGGGCCCGAGCUUCGGCGAACUCGGUUGGGUGCCACCGCCUUGGAGGCAUGACAUCAGCCACUCGGACGGGGUUGCGGUAUCCCCGGAGUCGGGGAGCAACGUGCUUGGAGGCGGUAGCCCCAGCACAGGUGAGGAAGAAGGCACCCGCAAGGACAAAGGAAAGUCCCGCGAGUUGCCCGCCGAGCCUGACAGGAUGGUCCCUGCCAACAUUACCAGCACCCUUGCUCCACACCAUGAGCAAGACGCUGCAUUUUUCACCUUCGAUCCCACUGCGACGAAUGUGUUCAAUCCGGCUCCGGAAACCAAUGGCGGUCUGACCGGCGCCAUGUCGUCACGAGUGCUGGAGUUGGCCGCCGAGCGUGCCGCGGUGAUGGCACACAUCGAUUCGUUGUUGGCACUCCAGCGCGCAAACAACCAAAACAGGGCGGCAGUAGCGUGGGUGAAGGAAUGGUAUCGCGAGGCGAGUGGUUCACGGUAGACAGAUUUGUAAUGCUCU